UAAUAUCAUAUCCUAGGGGAAGCAUGUGCCAUUUAGUACACAGAUUCCAGAACAUUUUCAUGGCUAUGAGUCUUAUAAUAUAAUAAUGUGUAUGGUUCUAAAAAAGAAGAAGAAGAGAAGAAGUGUUGCAGAACAGUGAAUAGAGAGAAGAAAAGAGAAAAAGGCAGAAAAUGUACACAUCAGCAGCCAUCAUUACAAUCAUCACACCAAAACCAAAUUCUUCUUCAAUUCCUUUCACUUUGUUUUUCUUUUCAACCCUUCUUCCCUCCUUUUUCCUCCUUCUCUUCUAUCUAUCUAUAUUUAUACCUUCUUUGCUUCUCUAGUUAAUGAUAUCUUCUUUUCUCUUUCAUUGAUUCAUAGGAAGAACAAGUGUAUAUAUACAUAUAUAUAAGUGGUGAAGUACCAAGUUGAAGAAGUAAAAGAUUAAUCAUGGAAAGAUGUGUAAACUACUAUGUAAUGUUUCUUCUACUGAGUCAGUUCCUAUGUUCAGGUUUCAUUCACAUAGGGUUGUAACUUGUAACAACACCUUUCUAUGGUUCCUUCCACCAAUUCUUGAAAAGAUACAAUAACAAGGGGCCCCAACCCAACUACUUUGACUCAUUACAUAUGCCCUCUCUUCAUAGGGUUGUUCAUAUAGGACAAUGAAGGAAGAAAGUAGACAUGUGAAUGUACUAUUAAAUGAUGCUCAAAUUUUCACCACACAAAAAGAUAUCACCACUCCAAUUGCAACAAUUCCAAACUUGGUUCCAACCACACCAACUUUUUCAACAUCUCCAUUCAUAAACCCUAAUUCAAACCCUGAUAGUACUAGUGUUUCUCCAGCAUCAACAAUCCCAAUUACUACUCCACCUACCACAGUGAAUUCAUCACCAGUUUCUUCAGGUGCAAGCUGGUGCAUUGCAAGCCCUAGUGCCUCACAAACUUCAUUGCAAGUUGCAUUGGACUAUGCUUGUGGCUAUGGUGGUGAUGAUUGCUCACCAAUUCAACCUGGUGGAAUAUGUUACAUUCCAAAUACUAUUCAACAACAUGCUUCUUAUGCAUUCAAUAAGUAUUAUCUCAAGAAUCCUGUUCCUAAUAGCUGCAAUUUUGGUGGAGCUGCUCUCAUUACUAACACUAAUCCAAGCACUACUACAUGUCAGUAUCCAUCAACAAGUACUAGUUCAUCAGUAUUGAACACCACAAACUCAAUUGGUGCAAAUGUGUUUGGUUCAGUUCCAGUGCCCACAAACCCUUCUCCCUCUGCAGCUGCUGACACAUCACAUAGCUAUGCUAAAAUUUGUGUCACACUUUGGAUGAGUAUUUUUAUUAUUUUAUGCUAAUAUAUCAUUUAUUUAUUAUUAGAUAGGAUAUGAGUUUUAUUUAUAAAAUUUUUGCCCCUUGCUACAACACAUACAUGGUAGAUACAGUGUAGAAAAAUAAAUUGUAUGAUGGACAUUGAUAGAGAUUUAAAGUUGAUACAGUAUAUAUGUUUUCCGUUUAAAGAAUGAAAGGCUUGCUAAUGCA